UUCAGUUUCACGCAGUUGCAGCGUUCGGGGCCGCAGCAGCAAACCCUGACUGGACGAAGAAACUCCAAACCUCGCAGGCACAAGCAAGAAGAAGCAUGGCUGGCUGGCUGGUUGUGGCUGGUUGGUUGGUGCGCAUUCGCAGGAGGGCAGGAGAGCGAAGAAAGCAACAAAGCCGCAGCAGCAGCCGAACGAGAGAGAAGACAAGUGGAGUCGUCAGCGUGUUGGGUUUUGCCUGGAGAGAUCGCUCGCCAGCUCACGCAUGGUGCUGCGCUGUGGCAACAAGUGCAGUUUUCCCCUCAUCUCCCCCUCGACAACGCAUGUAAUCAACAAGGCACAUCCAUCGAGGAAAAGUAUCCCUCCCCCAGGACACACACGCACACACAAAAGCACAGUGUUCCACUGAUCAGAGACAAUGGCGCCGUCAUUGCUGUCCUUGGCGACCUGCGCCAGCCUCAUCAUCAUGAUGCUGCUGCCACUAGUGCAAGGCACAAGCGGCAACCUUUGCAAAACACACAACUACACCUGUCCGUCCGGAGGGUGCCCCGAUGACUGCUCGUCGCCAAUGUACUUGUGCAACCGCGACGUGGACUUGGCAACCAACACAACAGACUUUCAGUGCGACCACGUGGACCUGUUCAGCUCGACGGGCGUGGGCCAGGACGUGGGCACGCUGAUUGUCCUGUUUGUGUUCCUGGGCAUGUCCAGUGCCGGCGGCAUUGGCGGUGGCGGUCUCAUCAUCCCCAUCCUCAGCGUCAUCACCCUCUUCCCGCCAUACUACGCCGUCCCGCUGUCGUCCACAGCCAUUGUCGGCGCCUCCAUUGUGCAGUUUUUCUUCCAGAUCCGCAGGCGGCACCCGCUGCCCGGCGCGCAACACCGCCGCGUCAUCGACUUUGACACCAUCCUCAUGCUGCUGCCGCUCGCCCUCGCCGGCACCGUCGUGGGUGUCAUCUUCAACACCGUAUCCCCGGACUGGCUCGUGCUGGUUGUUGUCAUCAUCGUGCUUGUCUUCACGACAUUCAAGACGCUUGUCAAAGGCCGUGAGCUGCGGCGGCAGGAGCAGGAGGCGCGGGCGCUGCCACGCCGCUCCAUUGUCAAGCACGGCAUCAACGAUCCAAACAGCGUCAACGGCGAGGAGGACUCAGGCACCACGGAGACCAUCGACACAGUGGGCGAGGACGCGAAGCGUGACGCCCUCGGGUCCAGCAGUGAUGGCAACGCAGCAAGCAACGGUGGCCCCGACACAACUGCUGCCGCCAGCCAAGACACCAAGAAGGGAGGCAUGUCGCGCAGCACCAGCAGCAGCAGCACCACCAGCCGGCAGCGGCAGUCCCAGCGGCGCAGCAGGAGCAGCUUGAGCGGCGGGGAGGUGCUGGUGGUGGACUACUCUGGCCCAGCCGACGAUGCUGACGACAAUGGCGCGCACAACCGCCGCAGGAACGACAGCGACGACAGCAUGGAGCGCGUGGAGAUGAAGGGCAUGAGCUCGAGCACGGCAGACAAGCAGCGCCUGCAGGAGGCGCGGGAGAAGCUGCUGAAGGAAGAGGCCGCAAUCCCGUGGACGCCGAUGCUCAUCACCCUGUUUGAACUUGGCGGCGUGAUUGUGUUCUCCAUGAUUCGCGGUGGUUCGGGAACCUCCCUCGCCGGCAUCAUGUGCGGUGAUGGCGCGUACUGGGGCGUGCAGGUGUCCACGUUUUGCUUCCUCCUGCUGUGCACGUUUGGCGGGUAUCUGUAUGUGAAGCGCCACCACGAGCGACGGCUUGCUGUCAACUACACCUUUGUGGAAGGCGACAUUGACUACAUUGGUGGCGGCGUCGCCAAGUACCUCUUCUUUGCCCUUGUUGCCGGUAUGCUUGCUGGCUUCCUCGGCAUUGGCGGCGGCAUGGUCCUCGCUCCUCUUCUCCUCCAAUUCAACAUGCACCCGCUCGUGAGCUCGGCGACCACGGCAUACAUGACGCUCUUCACCUCUGCGGGCUCGUUCACCCAGUUUGUCAUCCUCAACCGCGUGCCCUACGACUAUGGCAUUGCCCUCUUCCUCCUGGCUGCGGCCGCCUCUGUUGUUGGGCAGAUCCUGCUCCACUCGUAUGUGCGGCGCACGGGCAACUCCUCUGUGAUUGCGUUUAUCCUGGGGUUUGUGAUUGGCCUUGCAGCCAUCAUGCUGCUCGUCUCCGGUUCGCUGCAGCUCAAGGCCGCGCACGAUCGCGGCGAGUCCUUUGGCUUCAAGCCCCUCUGUAGCUAGGCUGCACGUGUGCCCGCGUGCCAUGUUCUUUGUGUGUAUGUGCGUGCGUGUGUGUGCGUGUGUGUGUGUGUGUGUGUGUGUGUGUGUGU